GUACGAGGAAAAUUUUUCCUUCGAUCAGUCGUUACGGUCGCGAGCUCGGAAAAAGAACACGGUUUCGGAUUCGGAGUGCUUAGAAUUUUCACCUUUCCAGACGUGUUUUAUUGCAAGUUUUUCCGCGGAUUUUACACGGUAUAACAACCGGGUCAGUGCAGUUGAUUGUGACAUUGUUCGGAUAGAGCCAUAUGGAUGGAUAAAUCGUGUUAGUGCGAAAAAGAAGCGAGCGGAACAGCCCCAUCGAAACAGUUUCAAAAUUGCCUUUCUGUUCCGUUCUUUGCGGUCGAAGUCGGGGAUCGGCCGUCCAUCGCGAGUUUUGUUGUGCGUGCGUGUGCGCAAGUCCGCUAGCAGCAGCGGAGCGUAGAAGGCGACGAAGAAAAAAUAAUUGAUCUCUACUUGUCAAAAAAAUACCACACAAAGUGGUGACUGCUCUCGGAAGAAAAAGGAAUAAAAGUGAAUUUUCCGAAGAAAAAUAUGGUGGAAAACCGACGAGCAUUGGGAAAGUGAUUCGAGUGUUGAAUAGCGGAACCGGAGGAUUAUGCUGGAUGCGGUCCCAGUUGGAGUAAAUUCGAGAAAAUGCCUAUAAUUUUCUCUGACUGUGCAGUGGAUCAUCUUUAUCAUCAUCACCAUCACAAUCAUCAUCAUCAUCUACGAAACGAGGCGUCAGAAUCAGCGGCAGCGCCCUUAUCAGAAUGCAAUCAACAGCCGCAGCAGCAGCAGCGACGACGGCAACGUCCGACGACGAUCUAAGGUACCCGAGCAGUGCCAGUGCCCUUUCGCCGCCGGAUUCCUCGUUGGACGAUUUGGAAGCGGAGUACGACGACGACCUGGGCGACGACGGGCUGGAUUCCGGCGAGACCGGAGGCGUGGUGAAGAAGCCACACUUUUUGGACUACGACAACAAACCGCCGGCCGGGCUGGAAGAUCAGGUGGUGUUUGUUGGCCAGCCUCGGAGGUCGGCGGCUGCCGCCGUCGUUAACGGAGGAAGCAUGGACGAGAGGACGAGGGAGAAUGCGGCGAUAUCCCAAAGCGUCGUGGAAGAAGGUUCUUCGAUUGAAGUGCCGCAGGAAAUAAGAGGAAGAGGUACGUGGCCAGCGGCUGCAGGUGGUUCCGGUCAAGGCGCGGCCAAAUACGCCGGCAGACAGAACCAUUCCAUGUACAACGAUAUGUCGGAGAUUUGUCCCAAGAUGGAAUGCGUAUACUCAUUGCUGUCGAUGUUGGGAUCAACCAAUUCCCUGGAAAUGUCGACGAAGUUUAUGGAACUCUCUAAAAAUCGCGAAACUUGCAGCGCCCUGCGUCGAUCGGGAUGCAUCCCACUGUUGGUGCAGAUCAUCCACAACGACCCGAACGAAACGGCGCGCAGAAAUGCCCGGCAGGCGCUCAACAACGUGAUCUGCUGCCAUCCGGAUGACAAAGCCGGACGCAGGGAAGUCCGUGUGCUGAAGCUGAUCGAACAGCUGAUUGAGUACUCGGAUCUCCUGAGGGACUACACGGAGGAAAGCCCUCCAGACAUUAGGGACGUCAUAGAAGACCCGGAGAAGCAUCCGAUCCAGCCGAUCACUACCCUCAUGAAGAUCAGCUUUGACGAAGAACACCGGCACGCCAUGUGUCAGCUGGGUGCCCUCCAAACCAUCUCCACGCUGAUCCAAAUGGACCAUGCCAUCCACGGGGCAAAACCCAGUGCCCCGAAGUGCAUCACAAUGCGCCGUUACGCCGGAAUGAUCCUCACCAAUCUGACCUUCGGCGAUGGCAACAACAAAUCCCUGCUCUGCUCGAACAAGAACUUCAUGCGGGCCCUAGUCGCCCAAAUCCAGUCCAACAGUGAUGAACUGGUCCAGGUCACGGCUUCCGUCCUGCGGAAUCUCUCCUGGCGAGCGGACAGUGUCAUCAAGCAGACCCUCAGUGAGAUCGGCACGGUCAAAAUCCUCACGGGGGCGGCCAUGGUUUGCACCAUCGAGAACACCCUCAAGUCGAUCCUGUCCGCGCUGUGGAACCUCUCGAACCAUUGCCCUCCGAAUCGUUCGGAGUUCUGCGAAGUGGAAGGCGCCCUCGAAUUCCUCAUCGAUAUGCUCACCUACGAAGCGCCCAGCAAAACGAUGAGCGUCAUCGAGAACGCCGGCGGAAUACUCCGGAACAUUUCCUCGCACAUUGCCCUCCGGGAAGACUACCGGCGGAUUCUCCGCAAGAAGAACUGCCUCAAAAUACUCCUAGAACAGCUUAAGAGUCCCAGCUUGACCGUGGUAAGCAACGCUUGCGGAACUCUGGGAAACCUCUCCGGAGAAAACUACGAAGACCAAAAGUUCCUCCGGGAGAACGGUGCCAUUCCGAUGCUGCGGUCCCUCAUCUACAGCAAACACAAAAUGAUCUCCAACGGAAGCAGCAUGGCGUUGAAGAACCUGCUGAAACCACCGGCCAACUCAAUGAUGGCCAACGCGGCUGGUUCACCUGCUUCCAUCCCGAUCGUUCGACCCGCAACCGGAACCGAAUCCCAACGCUCAGAGCUCCCCACCCUGAACGUCCGCAAGAAGAAAGCUCUCGAACAGGAACUCGAAGAAAAAUUCCUCCCGAAGGGCCUCCGAGAGGAAAAGGACAUCUGCACCAGUCGGGUAUCCCCCGAGGAAGAAGACGACGAAGAACCCGACGAGGAGGGUGUGGUCAAUCCGAAUUCGGUGCACAUCCGGCUAGUACCAAACCAGGAAGACGAACCGGAGAAACCCGUGAACUACAGUCUGAAGGAGGAGGAAGCCUACCAGGACUACCAGGAAACGGACAUCGACCAGAUAACGGACUACUCGCUGCGCUACGCCGAGAACCAGUCCGGAGAGGAUUCCGACGAGGACAAAUCCGCCAACUAUCGGCGGUCGAAUCCGACCGACGGCAUGGGUGAGAUGGCAGAGGAUACGGUCAAGUGCUACUACACGGAAGGCACACCGCAGAUCAUCUCCAGCGCGACGUCGAUGAGCGAUUUGCGGGUUCAAUUGGGCGGAGGCAGUGGUGCGGCGGCUACGGCGACGGCAUCGCCCAAGAAUGGCACCGUUCCCAAGUCGAACCCGAUUCCGAUUGGGGGUGGGGGCAGCGGUGGAAGAGUUGUGGAAGGUGCAGCCGCAGGAGGUGGAAGUAGUGCCAGUGGGGGACAGUCUGUGCCAAAGGCGCUCGGAGACACGGGAUGCAAUACGCCGGAUAAGCCGUAUAAUUAUUGCGAGGAAGGAACGCCGGAUUUUAGCCGGGAUGCGUCGUUGAACGUGUUGGAAUUGAGUGCCGAGAGGGAUCAGAAACUCUCCGGAAAACUUCCUCCGGAGCCGGAAUCCUCGGACCAGCCGGCCACCCCGGCCACCCCUGGUGGAACUCAGCAUACCAGCAAGCAAGUCUCGUUCCUCAACACGGCCGACGAAACGCCACUCAUGUUCUCCCGGACCAGUUCGAUGGGUUCCCUGUCCAGUGCGGAACCGAUCUGCACCGCGGACGACAAGAGUUCCAUCAUCAGCGAGUUCAGUCGGUUCGCUUCCGGUGUGAUUUCGCCGUCAGAACUGCCGGAUUCACCGACUCAGAGCAUGCCACACUCGCCGCGACGUGCAGGAGGAUUGAUGGCGAAGCCGGGGCCAAGUGGAAAGCGGGAGGAUGCCGGCGGAAGACCUCCGACGAUGGAACCUACGAAGAGCGCCUUUGAGGACACGGUCAGCAAGUUUGAUGUGGAAAAUACGCCGGCGGUGUUCUCCUGCGCGACCAGUUUGAGCAAUCUGAGUAUGGAUGAUAAGGAGGAUGAGGAAUCGAAGGCGGUGGUGGGUGGGAUGGUGGUCAAGGGACCUCCGGUGCUGCCGAUUCCGGAAGGUAGCGCUUCCGAGGAUGGGGAAUCGGAUCGGGAUGACGAUUUCCUGUUGGAGUCCUGUAUCAAUAUGGGAAUGAACGUGAUGGCGCGGAGUGCGGAAGACAAGAAGAAGAAAAAAGAGGAAGAAGUGGUGGUUCCUCCGCCACAGGAGCAGGAAGAUCUGUUGCAGAGGUACUGCACCGAGGACACUCCGGCGCGAUUGUCCAAGGUGAAUAGUAACUGUGAUUUGAGUGUACUGUCGAUGGAUUCGCGAAAUGGACACGAAUCGGAUGAGAGCUCGACGGUCUCGGCGGAACAGAAUGACCGAUUGGUGGAGGAAUGCAUCCGAAGUGGAAUGCCCAAGCCAAAGAAUCCGGAUGGUGGAGGUUUCACGAGGAAAGAGAAUCCUAUGGUCAUGAUGCGAAAUCCGGCUCACAUGGGACCGCUGUAUGCAAACGAUGAGGUCAAUAACUUCUACGUAGAGGACAGUCCUUGUGCCCACUCGACUAUAUCGGCUUUGUCGGAUUUGACGGUGGCUUCGGAAGCACCCAAUGGAGUGAGGAAUGUCUACAAGAUCUCUUCUCUCAAGGGGAAACAACCUCAGUCACAGGGAGGAGCGCCCUUCGCACAGGCUCCGGCAGCGAAUGGUUCCUUGAGCUCGCUUUCGAUAGAAUCGGAUAACGAUGACCAUCUGUUGGACGAAGCCAUUGCUGCCGGGAUAGGUUCCAACAGGGCCAAGCAAAAGCAACCGACGUUCCAAGCGGUGCAGAAUCCACUUCCGCCGGUGAACCGAAUGACGGCAGCUGCAGCGGAUGCUAAUGAUUCAUUGGACUCCAUAGAUUCCGUAGACUCAAAUGAUCCUCAAAGCAAUUCCCUUCUGGAACAGUGCAUUGAGAAUGGUAUGAAGAAACUCACGGAGAAGCAUACUGAACCGGGAGGCUUUGAGCUCCGGGCAGGAAUGAACUACGGGCAACUUGGGCCACGCCCUCCAGCACCGGCACCGGACGAAAGUAUUCCGGAUUCGGAACGGGACUACGAACUGCUGAUGGAGUGUAUCCAGAAUGGCAUGCCCAAGGGCAAGAACAGCCAGCUAGCGGUCGACCUUACCAGAAACCUGCAGCGAUUGACCAUUUCCGGUCAAUCUUCCAGCCACAACAACAACCCGCUCGUGUCGAAUCCAAAAAACGUGGACACUACGCCUGUGGUUACGAAGGAUGUCGGUGCCACCAACGUAAUGUCAGCAGGCGUAGUAGCAGUAGUAGAAACCACAACCACGGUCAGCGGAAGCAGCAACACCAGCGGUCCCGGCAUCACCACCAUCAACAACAUCAGCACCAGCACCACCCCCCGGUCAUCCAUCACUACCCGUAUCAUCAACAGCAGUUCCAUCACCACCACCAGCAUCACAAAAAGCGCACAGGAGUCAGCGGAACAACCGGAAACGCAGGAGGAACACCACUCCCGACAGCAUCCUCGUCAGCACCUGCUAGCUUCUUCCAUCACAGCCAGCAACACCAGCAGCAUGAUGGGCCAGAGUGGAUUUGAGAGUUUGAUGGAGCGCUCGAACGAGUUCCCGGCCUCGGUGGCAGCCCUGGCCCUGACGGGAGGUCUCAUGAGCUCGUCGUCCGCUGGCUGCUGUACCACUAACAGUAGCGAGAUGCAGAUGUCGAACGAAUUCCUGGUGGAGGAGUUCACCCCGGCCAGCAACAAUAAGCACAAAGAUCCGGACCUGAUGCUGAAAUCGGUCGAGCGGCUGACGCAGGAACUGGUUUCUACGGCCGAGUACCUGCGUACGGUUUCGUCCAGCGGUGGCGACAGGAUGGAGCACAACACUUGGGACGAUGAUGUGACCACUGCUAACGAUGUGUCGUUCCCUAGUUUGAGCGUCCAGGCGCCGAUGAUUUUGCAUUCCUGUGAUGAUGACGAUACGGCUACGAUCAGCGAUGAGGUUGACUCCAAAGCGUUGGAUGCCUUGGAGGAGCAAACUCCAAUGAACGAGAAUCGACCGCUUCCGGGUUUCCUGAAUGGUAGCAACGAAGACCUUUCCAAGGACGAGCUUCACUUCCAGCUGGGUGGCGAAGUUCAGCAUCCGAUGGUCGGAGGUCACUUUACCCAUGGUACCGACGGUUUGUCGUUCAGCACCGUUUCCACGUUGACCAAUUCGACGAUCAUCGCCAUGGAAGCUACCAAAGUGGCCAACAACCUGCAGAAUAUGGCGAUCGUCGAAAGUGCGGAACUUGAUUUGAGCAAGAUUCAUCCUCCGUUCGGAUCGGACAGUAUUUUGAUAUCGGAUUGCUCAGACUCGGAGAUGACAUUUCGGAAUGAAUGCCGAAGGAUUACGCUACCAAGUGGAUUGGUAGCGAAGCGAGCUUUGGGUCAUGCGUUCAACGAUAGCUUGAACUCAUUGAACAACUUGGACAGCAUUGGACCGCCGUCGAUCAUGGACGAGUUGAUGGAUUCGAUGAUCAGCGUGGCUAGCAUCACUUCCGAAGUGGUCGACGUGGACAGUGGCCAUGCGGGAACUUCGGAUCUGAACGUCAGUUCCGGUCACUCUAGCUUGACGCUGAAUUCUAGUCUAGAGAACUUGAUCAAAUUUUCGCCGACUAUGAACGCCGGUGGAAAGAGCACUCCCAUCAGUCCGAAGAGGGCUGAAAGGAGACAAGCUAUGAAGGACCGUUAUAAGACAUAUACCAUUCCCAAAGCGGAGCUAGUGGAUCUAAACCAGACAGCGGAAGAUGAAGCAAUCGGAUCACCGGAUGUUAUGACUCCAACCCCAAGCAAUCCGUCAUCUCCUUCACCGAAAAAAUCUUCAAAGGAGCGCCGCCAGGAAAACAAGUCCCGUUACGAAACGCAGGUCAUCACUUCCGGAAGCUUCCUGGCUGAUCGCAUAGCCAGCGGCUAUCAGGAGUGUCCUCGUACUCCGAUAGCCUCCAUCAUUGCCAAACCUGUGAUUUUCUCUCCACUGACUCUGCACUCACCGGCUCCGAUGUCCUUGGAGCGAGUUCUGUCUCCGGAAGUCCCACCGGCAGACGAUGAAGAUGACGAUCCCGUCACCUACACGAUUCAGGAAGCCCAACGAAGGAAAUCCUUGGAGCAGAAGAUCCCCAACAUCUCGGCGCAUGACCAACAGACGACCAUCACAGCUCUUCCUACGGUGCAACCCAAAACACCCCUCUCCAGCCCCAGCAAGGUACCAAUCAAAACAGGCAGUAUUAAAACCGCUGCAAACCCGGCCACUCCGUCGGCGGAACCGGUUAAAACGGUUCGCGGUACGAAGAAACCCCCGUACGUAUCGCCCUACAGGAAAUCGGUGGUAUCCGCUCCGGCCGUCAUCACUCGUACCCCGGCCGUCCCCGGAGCAGUCAAAAAGGACCUCAACGCUGGACCACAGGCCACCCCUAAGCUACGAACCCAAAGUUCCCUCGUGGAAAGCUCCAAGACUCGUCCGCAGCCUCUGAAGGCCCGAUCCAGCAUCGGUUUGAAGCGGAACUCGCUGGAAAUGAACGGAAAUGGAUCGAUUCGAAGCAGCACCAGCAGUAGCAGUUCGGACGUUUCCCGGCUGCACACCCGGCAACCUUCGUGCGGAGCGAUUGGCGGAACCAGGACUAAGGUCCAGGAUUCGCCGGCCCCUGCGCCGCCACCGAAUCUCAUCCGCCAGGGAACCUUCACCAAGGACGAACCAACGAACCCGGAAGUUCCGGUCGUAACGUCCGCUCCAUCAACCCCGGCGAAAACCCUGCGUAAACCAGGUUCGAUGAUCCCCAAUUCGGCGUCCUCCUCACGGCUCACCACCAUCGCCAAGUCUCGGAUAGUGUUGCACAAGAGCAUCAGCAUGGAUGCGAGCAAGACCACUCCAAGCACACCCACAGCUGGUACCCCGGUCGGUGAAAGCACCACCCCCAUCAGCAGUCGGUUCCGGCUGACGUCGGCACGGACCUCGCUGAUCGACUACAAAAAGCCCAACUCGACGGCCUCCAGUCGGCUCAGUACCCCGAUCGGUGGCAGCAGCGAGCCUCCAGCGACGCCCACCAGUCCGGGAUCGAUGAUUCCGAUGCGGCGGAAGAGCGCAAUUGCUGCGCUUCCCAAGCGGACCAAUUUGACGAUGAAGUCGAAUCCGGAUGUGCUGAAGGGCAAGUUGGACGGGGUGAGGAAUGCGUUCGUGAGGACGGCCGCUUCCGCGGUGAAAACCGGAACGCGAUGAAUUCGCGUGGUGCGGAACUCGACUGAGAUGACAUGAUAUUGGCUUGGCUUGUCGAUGGACGGGACGGACGUUGUGAUAGGGGUUUGGUGAUUCGGAGUGGAUUGGUUUCCAGGGAGGAGCAUGGCGUGGUGUCAGUUUGCUGCAGUAUUUUUUAAAGAUUUCAUCCAAAAACAGCCAGUCGUUUGUGCAAUUUGACCAAGUCGCACCUACUAUUUCGCAAGACUUCCUUGUAAGGUUCAUCGAUUACCGCAAGUUUUACAUAGCGUAAGUUAUUUUACUUUUUAUUUUUGGAUGUUUUACUCCAUUCAAACACAGUUUGAACAACAACCACAAACAAAACAACGAUCCUGAGCAAUGACGAAAAAAUAAACAUUUGCUCAAUUUUGCUUUUAGUUACCAUGGUUUGAUUUUAUUCAGUGUUUUUUUUUUCUCGAAUGCGAAUCGAUCGCAGCAAGCUGGCCAGCCGAAAGCCAUGGCAUGCUUUGUUGUUCCUUAGAAGUCUAGAUCCGCACGUUUCAGGAAAAUCAUAGAUUUCUUCCCAGUCACACACGCUUGCGAGCGCUUGAGUGUGACGAAACUAUGAAAGACUAUUUAAAAAUAAUCACAAGCACAUAUGAUGAGAUGCAAAUAAAUAGUACGUCAAGAAGCUUACCCCCUCGAAUUGAUCGAUCGUGUAUGAUAGGUUAUUUUUAAUCCGUAUUGAUAUAAAAAGAAGAAAAUAAACAUAAAUUGUUCUAGUCCCAAAGCGUCUUGGUAUCGAUUAAGAGAGUUUUCAGGAACUUGAUCGGACUGCGUUCGGUCAGAGGAAGUUUUUUUAUGAGAGAGAAGCAGGCGCUCGUCGAAAGACGUUAUAACCCCUAGAAAUAGGCAACACACACACGCAGACACGCAUACACACCUAGACUAAUGUAGGAUAAGUUAGGAUAAGGUUAUGUUAUUAUUCAAGAAGCAAUUCACAAUUUGCUAGUUGCCAGUGCGGAAAAGACGUUCAGGAUUAUUACUCCGAAUGAUGGAGAAGGUUAUUUACCAUAAAGCCGUUUGGCAUAACGACCGGAAAGUCAUUUCACAUAACCUGUUUACUGAAGUCAUUUGGCUUUGGUUAGAUUCUAUAGGGCUCUGCAUGAAAUUAUCUCCUUCUCUCUCACUCUUACAGAAAUUUUGUAAACAACAAGGCCAAGAAACGUCAAAAUCCCAUACAAAAUCAAAACAAUGUAGUGCCCUAUUGUGUCAAUUGACUACAGUGGCAAUACUUUAUUUGGCAUAAUGCCGUUUGGCAUAACGUGAAGGAAGGAACUUAACCGAUGUUAUGACAAACGGCUAUAAUGCUAAACGGCAUUAUGCCAAAUGGGAUAACUCUGCCAAGACGUUAUGUCAAACGUCCUUACGCCAUUUUGGAACCCAACUCUCGAACGCGUUGGAAAGUUGUACCCGAUUGAAUUCUAUUGCUUAGUAUUUGUAGUUGCGCUUAUUCCUCGCACACGGAACCUAAUUGGCAUUCAGUUGAAAGUAAAGUAACAUAACCUUAAGUAGCAGUUCCAAGAGGAAAUAUUCGAACUGUGACAGCAUUUAUCGGCAGGCAUAUUUACACAACAAUGUUUUAGCCGACUCGUUCGCUUUAUUAUCUUUACUAAGCUGCUUUAUUAUCGCUGUCUUGCAAUUGUCUAUUUGCUACACAAUCCUUUACAAUAGUUCGUAGACUACUUUUUCAACUUCAUCUUUUUUGUUUCUUUUUAUGUGUUUUUAUUUCUCUUUUUUUAUGUGUUUUUUUUGUUUUCAUUUCUCUGUUUUGAUUUCAACUGUUAAAUUUUCACAACUGUUUAUAAUUUUUCGAUUCUUUUAUCAAACGUUGCUACUAUUCAAAAAAUUCCGACACAAAAAUCAUAUCAAAAACAGAACAACUUAUUAAUCAAAAGAGUUACAAGAAUUGCAAGUUGAUGAGUAGAUUUCGUUCUGGCUCCCUCUUUAUUCUUCCCAUUCUGCUAGAAGAACCUUUUUCUCGAAGCUAAAUGUAAAAAACUGUGUACCGGAAGUUCGAAUGAUUAUAUUAUUGCGCAUUGAUCUAGCUAUGGUAAUCCUAAUGUAAUCCAUGAGAAUAUACGAACGCUAUUCAGCUGUAAAAAAGUUGCAAAAUGAAAA